AUGAGAGUCAAGCGGGCCCUUGAUGUGCUGUCGGCUAUCUCAAAGUUAAAGAGGUCAAUGGUAACAAGUUUAACAAAACGAAAAUCAACUUUUAUGCCAUUUAAACGUAAUAAAACAUUUAUACCAACUGGUCAAGGUGGAUUUACGAACCAUGCUCUAAAUCGUGGUUCAUUAACUCGUCGCCUGACACAAUUUGGUUUUGGUGCAUGUUCAAGUGGAACGCUCGUCCACUUAUCUGAUCCAACUCAACCGGUGACAUUGAACGUAUUUGUUUAUGAUGAAAAUACAUAUUCUGAAGGAAAACUCAAGAAAGCCGAUGACUUACCGAUAACAGAAGGAGAUGGAAAAAUGACAUGGAUCGAUGUGGAUGGUGUUCAUCAACAAGAUGUCAUUGCACAAAUUGGUCGACGAUACAAUAUUCAUACGUUAGUACAAACGGAUGUAACAACAACGGAACAACGAACAAAAUUAGAUGUUUUAGAUGAUGCUUUAUUUCUUGUUUGUAAAAUGAUAUUUAGAGAUGUGUCUAAAAGUGAAACAACAAUUAUUGAACAAGUUAGUUUUUAUUUAAAAGAAAAUGUUUUAAUUACAUUUCAAGAGACACCCAAAGAUUUAUUCGAUACAAUCAAAAAUCGUAUUCGACAAGGAAAAGGACGAAUUCGCAAGUCAAAAAUUGAUUAUUUAUUCUAUAGUCUAGUCGAUAUUAUUGUUGAUCAUUAUAUGGAUGUACUAGAUACAAUGGGUAUGAAGGUAGAAUCGAUCGAUAAUCAAUUAAUGAAAACAUUGAAACGUGACACAUUAGAAUCAAUAUACGAUAUGAAGAGAGAUAUGCUCUAUUUAAGAGCGAUUAUAGCACCAUUAAAAGAAAUCAUUUUAAAACUACAAAAACAAGAAGAAACACAAAUAAUGCAAGAGAGUACAAAUAUUUAUUUGAAAGAUUUAUUUGAUCAUGUUGUACAAGUAAAUGAUUCAAUAGAUACAUAUCGUGAAAUGUUGGCAUCAUUUAUCGAUUUCUAUAUGAUGUUAAAUAGUAAUGCAAUGAAUGAAGUUGUUAAAACACUGACCAUUAUAUCGACAAUAUUUAUUCCAUUAACAUUUAUAUCAGGAGUUUAUGGAAUGAAUUUUCAAUAUAUGCCCGAGUUAACAUUUAAAUAUGGAUACUUUAUUGUACUUGGUUUUAUGGCAGUAUUAGCAAUCACAAUGCUCUCAUGUUUUAAAAAAAAGAAAUGGUUUUAA